AUGGAGAAGCUCAGACACACUCAGAGAGUGAUGAUGAUUUUGCUCGUGCUUUUUCUCGCCGCCGCUGGGUGUGGCCAUGCACACAGCGUUAAGGGCCAGGAGAAAAACGGUACAUGUGUGUGUGAUGUGAACAGCUCGACCUGGGCUUUUCCUGCUGCCAAGUAUGACUCCGUGUCAGAACUGCUGCAACACUGCCAAGACUCACUGCAGAAACUUCAAACUCAGACGAUGGCGGGUAUGAAGACGGUGCCUGAGAUGGAGUCGACACUGAGUAAUGUGACUCAGAGGCUGGAGAGGUUCCAGUACCUGAACAAUCAGGGUCUGUACAACGCCCUGCACCUGAAUCAGCUCAGUCAGGAGAUCCAGCAGCUACAUGACAAUAUAAAUGAUGCACAUCUGGGUACAGCUGGAGGGGAAGCACAGCGCAUACGCACGGAGUUGCAGAAGUUUCAAGAUGAUGUGGAUAAGAUGUACAGGAAAAACAUCUUUAACCUGGAAACAAUGAGGGAGAAACUGAGGUCCCUCCAUAACCGCGUCCAGAACUGCAGGACCAUCCCAUAUAACUUCAGAAGCUUAUGUUCUGAGCGUAUGAUGAGAAAUAUCAGUGCACCAGUGGUCACUAAGAUGAACCCGUUCAGUUCAUCAUACGUCGCUGGAGCAUGGGGUUAUGACAUUGACGCUGAUGGUGAAAAGACAUACUGGAUACAGCCUCUAGCUAGUGGGCACAAGCUGGGCAUCACUGUACGCUUUUACAAGACUCAUGAAGACUUUAUGGCUGAAAGGAAUGACAGAGAUGAAACUGUGACUGGCUCAUACACCAAUUCUAUAGCUAUUCAAGGUCCAGGCACCAUCGUUCACAAGGGUGUUGUGUAUUAUCAGUGUUAUGAUGUUGCUGAACUCUGUGCGUUUGAUUUGAAAACCAAGGAAGUCCAACGUGUUGCGCUUCCUGAUGCUGGAGUCAACAACAAAUUCCCCUACUGCUACUACAAAUGCUUGGACUGGACGGAUAUCAGCAUCUCAGCUGAUGACACAGGCUUGUGGGUAAUAUAUGCCACAGAAGCUAACCACGGGAACAUAGUCGUUAGUCGGGUGGACACUGAAGGCUUCAACAUAACACACACGUGGAAGACACGCCUGUUCAAGCGUUCAGUGACCAACGCCUUCAUGGUGUGUGGGGUUCUCUACGCCACUCGCUACAUAAACACCUAUAAAGAAGAAGUGUUCUACGCCUUCGACACCAGCACAGGGAUGGAGGACAACACACUCUCGAUACCUAUGGAGAAGGUGGCAGCGGGCAUCGCUAACCUUCACUACAACCCCAAAGACAUGAGGCUGUACAUGUACAACGGUGGCUACAUGCUCGCCUACCGAGCUUACUUCUGAAACGCUUGAGGAAAAUAUGCUUUAAAUUCACUUUAGUAAACGAAUAAAUGCAACAUGAUUUUCAGUGUACUGUAAACAUAAACUGCAAUUAUAUAAAACACUGUAAUGACAAUGAAAUGAGUUAUCUACUGUACAGGAAUACUCUGCUUUUCAGUUAAUCAAGAGAUUUUUUUAAUAUGGAAAAUUAAAGAAAUAACACUUUUACUGGAUGUUUGCUGAUGACUGGAUAUAUGGUGGGAAAUAACUAAUCAAAUAGCAGAAGUUGUUUCACACCUAAAGUUUUGGUUUUAAUGACUGACUUUGAUUUAAAGUUUAUGUAACGUAGUUUAUAUUACUAGUACAGGUCUUUAUCAUUUCAAAUGGUCUAAAUGCUGCCUGAAAAAAUGGUUAAAUGCCCUCAAAUUAAGCUAAAGAUCUGCUGUUUUACUAUUCACCAUUAAUUAUUUACUGCAAUAUAUUAUUUUAGACAGCAAAAACAACUAUAACUUUUAUUUUUUGAUCAGUAAAAACACCCUAAUGCAGGAGUUUAAAAUGUCUGGAUAGUGUUUCAAUAAAAGCAUUUGAGACCA